CAUUAAAAAAAGAAAUCAAAUAAAUCGGCAAAUAUAAAAGAGGCUACUGGUUCAAUUGUAAGGAACCCAAUUUUGUAUUAUCUCCUCUCUUCCUUGAAACUCUCAUCACCGUCUCUGUUUCGCUCUAAUGCCCCAAGUCAAUCUUGAAACCUCGGUUCCUUCAGCUCACGACCCGAUGAUCCGACCCGUUCCCAUCUCCGUCCCGAGUCCAGUCGAUUUUCCACCCGAGUCUUACUCCGUAUCCAAAGAAGCAGAGCUCGAGUGGUUCAACGAGAACGCCUUCUUCGAGCGGAAAGGAUCACAGAGAGGAAUCUCAUCUUCUGCUCAGAAUGUUCACAACUCAAACUCUCAGAGGGUUUCUUCUCUCAAAUCCAAGACGUCGUCGAUCAUCAGACUGCCGAAACCGCAGAAGACGUGUUUCAACGAAGUGACGAAGCAGAGGAGAAACUGCAGAAUCGCGAGGACUCUGAUGAUACCGAAGCGGAUCGGGUCGCGGUUGAAGUCGGAGCCUUCUUCCCCGAAGGUCUCUUGCAUUGGUAGGGUGAGGUCAAAACGCGACCGGAGCCGCAGAAUUCAGAGACAGAGAUCCGGUCGAACCGAUUCGUUUAAGGAUAAUAAACCGGUUCCGGUCAAGAAACCCGGGUUUCUCGCGACCUUCAGAGCCAUCUUCAGAACCGGAGGUGGUUGCAAAAGCCUCACCGCGACUGGAGCACACGCGCCGCAGAGGGAGGUCGCUGUUCCGGCGAGAAGGUCCAGCGAUAUCAGAGAACGGCUUCCGCCGGGAGAUGUCGGGAAAUCUUCUCCGCCUAGGAAAUCUCUCGGCCGUGAGGAACCGGUAUUACCCGGUUUAGGAGGAGUUACGCGGUUUAAAUCGGGGAGAAGACCGGAUUUGUUGGUAGAAGUUUGACGUUGCCGUGACUUGCGGCGUUUACAGCGUGGACAGGUGAGAAUCGGUGGGGCCCGUUCCCGCGUUUCAAGCUUAUUACGGAGUAAACAAGGAUGGUGAUUGGGUUGUUGGCUGUUCGUGUGCUUUUAUGGGGCCCAUAAGCGUGUGUUAUUCAGAAAGUCGUUAGCGUUGACGUGGCAACCGGUUUAACUGAACACGGCAUAGAUAGAGAACACGGCGCACUUUUGAUUUGAUAUCUUGCGUUCAAACCUAACUUCCACCGUUUUGUAUAUCUUACUAAUAUUAUAUUGUGCCCCUUUUUUCUUCUUAAGACUUUUGAUUUUGAUUAGUUUUGCUUUUUUUGGGGGGCCUUUUGGUGGUACAUAGGUGUUGUCAUUUGUUUGUGUAUAUGUGUUUUUUUGUAGAAUUGGUCAAUAAAUAUAGGUGUUGUCAUUUAUUUGUGUAUAUGUGUUUUCUUGUAGAAUUGGUCAAUAAAUAUAUAAAAUACUUCAUGAGUAAACGGUCA